ACUGAGAAAGGGCGAUACUAUUUGGGCGGUGCUGUUGGGGUUCGUCGCAAUGCAAUAACAUUCAAUAUGGAGCACAUAGUACUGUGGUUCUUAUAUUUCGGCUACUACAAAUAGAUAAGUAUCCAAUAACUGUCUAGUCAUUCCAUCAUUUAGUGAAUCUGUUUCGGAAUUCUUUAGAGCGCGUAGGCUAUGUAUUUGAUGUUCAUAAAUUGAUGCAUUGUUACAUGAGAGGCGUCGUUCUAAUAGCAAUUUGGUGCGGUGACAGUUAAACUGUUGUAACAUUUAGAUACGUAUUAAUGUAGCAAUAUUUCAAAUGAUAAAUGUUAUCCUUGCAACGAACUCAACAGCGUGUGGUGGCGAUUCUAAUUUGUAUACAAGCCUGGUAGUGGCUAAAGCGCUAUUGAACGUUUUGAAGAAUACUCGGUUACUAGGUGAAAGGUUAGGGACAUCGCUCUCAAAUAGUUCGUCGUCGGGUCGUGUAUGAUCAUAGGAUGCGCAAUGCAGCGAGUGCCUCUUUUUCUCUGGGAUCGCUGGGUCUGCUGCGUCUCUUUGGGGUCCCCUGGUCCUGGAGUUUAGCAGCAGGCUUCGGGGUCUUUCUGGGCACAGGUGGUUGGAAGUACCUCUACAUCGUAGUCCGUACUGCGAAGAGAGACCUAAAUGGCCUUUACGUGUUGUUACGAGUCAAGAUAGCCUUGUGGCACCACCUACGGCGCAACAGCAAUAUCCCCUCCAUCUUUGCCCAGACAGUGAAGCAGCACCCAAAUAAACCCGCCCUCAUCUAUGAUGCCACAGGAGAGACGUGGACCUUCACCCAGCUGGACCUGCUGUCUAACGCUGUGGCCCAAUGGGCUCUGGCCCAGGGCUGGGGCCCGGGGGAUGUGGUGGCCCUCUUCAUGGAGAGCCGGCCAUUGCAGGUGGCCCUCUGGCUGGGCCUGGCCAAGGUGGGGGUGGAGGCAGCACUCAUCAACUUCAACCUGCGGAGGGACGCUCUCCUGCACUGUGUUGGAGUGUCUGUGUCCAGAGGGAUCGUGUUCGGAGCCGAGCUGGCUGGUGCCAUGUUGGAGGUGAGCUCAUCCCUGAGCCCGUCGAUGGUGCGGUUUUGUACAGGAGAGCUCAGUGUAGACUGUCUGGCCUCCCUGUCUGCCCAGAAUCUGACUAUAUCCUGGCCUCGGCCCCUACACUGCCCCCCCUCCUUCCUGCAUCCCACCCAAGAGCUUCAAUGUUGCUGGUAG